AUGGAGAAUCGAUACCAAGCAAAAUGGGAUAUCAACAAUACAGCAGAUUUCUGUUGGACACUAAAGAUAGAAUUCACCAGGGUCCUUUUUAGGAACCUGGAGAAGGGCAGGGUAGAUUUGGGACCUUCUGAUGAAGAUCAGGAGGGACCAAAAUCUGUAUUAUCUGGUCAAAUUCCAGGGUUCUGCACGGAUGACCUGGUGGCGGCCGAAGUGACUUAUGUAUCGGAGGGAACGCAGAGACAACUGGUAGUUUGCUCAGCGUACCUCCCUUACGAUAAGAAAGAAUCUCCUCCAACCAGGGAACUGAGGGACCUGGUGGCCUGGUGCGAGAAGGAGAAGAAACAACUCAUCGUGGGAUGUGAUGCUAACUCACACCAUACGGUGUGGGGAAGCAGCGAUGUCAACGAUCGAGUCGUGAAAAUGGAACACAAACGAGAACAUCCCCCGUUUUUCAAAAGUGUAAGGAAUUAUUUUAGAGAGUAUUGCAAUUAUUCUAGUAUACACGGCUUUAGAUAUUUUGGUGAAAAGAGAACGUAUUUUGAAAGGGGUUGGUGGUUUGUUGUAUUCGCCAUAACGUUGGCAGCAUGCAUUGUAGCGAUAAGAGAAGUUUAUCAGAAAUGGGUUAGAAGCCCGGUCAUAGUCAGCUUUGCAACAAGAGAAACGCCAAUUUAUAAGAUACCAUUCCCAGCAGUCACCAUUUGUCCAGAAACAAAGUCCAAACAAAAGCUGUACAACCACACAGAGAUAAUAAGGAAACUGAUAGAAGACCAGAACUUAACUUCAGAAGAGGGUUGGUGGUUUGUUGUAUUCGCCAUAACGUUGGCAGCAUGCAUUGUAGCGAUAAGAGAAGUUUAUCAGAAAUGGGUUAGAAGCCCGGUCAUAGUCAGCUUUGCAACAAGAGAAACGCCAAUUUAUAAGAUACCAUUCCCAGCAGUCACCAUUUGUCCAGAAACAAAGUCCAAACAAAAGCUGUACAACCACACAGAGAUAAUAAGGAAACUGAUAGAAGACCAGAACUUAACUUCAGAAGAGAGAAAAUUGUAUGAUUAUAUGGGCCUAAUUUGUAAAGAAGAAUACGGUCAUGACUUUUCCCAAGCAGAUACAUUCGAUGAGGAUUUUUUCAAGGAACUGGAAAAUAUUAGUUAUAUCAACACACUCUAUUCUUGUUCCUACAUGGGUAAAUAUUAUAGCUGCGCCACAAUUUUCAAACCAAUAAUUACAGAUGAAGGAAUAUGCUUCACGUUUAAUAUGUUGGACCGUUCUGAAAUUUAUAGAGACAAUGUUGUGCACUAUGAAAAUUACCACGUCAUGGAGAACCUUACCUAUAGCAACUGGAGUAUGGAUGACGGUUAUUCCGAGGAUGCUGGUUUAUACCCUUACCCGCAUCGAGCUCUCUUAGCGGGUGCCAAAAAUUCAUUAACGAUCAACCUAAUAACCGCGAAAGAGAACAUAGAUCACACUUGUAAAGAAUCCAUACAGGGAUAUAGGGUACUUCUGCAUAUCCCAAUGAGAAUUCCAAGUCUCAGCAAACAUUACUUUAGGGUAGCGUUAGACCAAGUGGCAUUGGGCAAUAUACAACCCGUGAUGAUUACCACAUCAGAGUCAGUAAUGCUGUAUAAUUCCAAAAGAAGAGAAUGUUUCUUUCCGUCUGAAAAACAACUUAAGUUCUUCAAAAUAUACACGUCCCUAAACUGCAAACUGGAGUGCUUGACAAAUUUCACCCUUCAGUAUUGUGGAUGUGUAAACUUCUUUAUGCCCAGGGAGAAUACUACAAAAAUUUGCGGUAUUGGUAAAUUAGAAUGUAUGAAACAGGCUGAAGAUUUAUUGCAAAUGGGUACCUUGCAAAAUAAAAUUGAGGUACCAAAAAAUAAAUCGACUAAUAGCAACUGCAACUGUAUGCCAAUUUGUAGCGACUUAUCAUACGAUGUUGAAAUUUCUCAAAACGAUUGGCGUUGGAUCCAUUUGUAUCGAGCUCUUAACAUCAAUGGUACUUUUAAAUUUAAAGAGGACGACUUCCACUUCUCCAGACUGACACUGUUUUUCAAGUCUAGUCAAUUUAUAACAUCUCAAAGACACGAACUGUAUGGACCGACAGAUUUCUUGGCUAACUUUGGAGGUUUACUGGGACUCUUCACAGGAUUUUCUGUUCUUUCAUUGAUGGAAGCCAUCUAUUUCUUAACGGUUCGCUUGUGCUGCAAUUCACGUCUUUAUGGAUAUUGGGCAGGUCGAGAAACGUAA